AUGCACCCCCUGGAUGAAUACGCCAUGAACGCUAAUAUCAAUCUGGACGAGUGGCGUCGCCAAAACGAAGCAGCGCACUUGCCAAUGCGUACAAUCUUUCGCUGCGCUUACUUGGCCGCAAUAAUCGUUUUUGCCUUCUACAUCCUCGCCAGCCUCUAUGUUCCCAUGGCAGACGAAGAGGACGUUAUAUGGGGGAUCAUUGUCGAGGCGCCGAAUGCUGGAAAUAUUUACGGGGAAUGUACCAAAGAUGGGGGCUAUUGCUACGCGCAACCCAAGAAAGUAGCACUGGUAGCACUCGGCCGGCUCAAUCCGGAAGUUUUACGCCACACGCCGGUGAACGACGUUAACAGUGUCCCGGAAUACAUCGCGUACUACCCGAAAAUAUUCCGUGGGCGCGCCGGAGAGCGAGCGGCCGCCGAC